UGACUUGCGCAUGAAGAGCAAACAGAAAUGUCACCUGUGCUGUUGAGCUGUAGAUGGAUAUAUAGAAGAAAUAUUUAUUUGUUUCUAAGAUGAAACAGGAAUUACUACAGACAAAAACGAAGUGGAUGUGAUUAAUCAGACUUCAAUAUGAGGACUCAGUACUUAUCUCUAGGUUUUUUAUUCAUCACAAUAUGUACAUCUCACGCUCAAGGACUCAUAGAUAUUUGCAAAACAAACUACAUAACUUUGCCAUUUCCUCAAGAGCAAGGCAUUGUGGGAGUGACAAGUGGAACUGGGCCCACUGAAAAUGGUCCUUGUCUUUUACGCAUUAAAGGGUGCUCCAACUGCCACAUCUCAAUACAUACUAUUAAUAAAUGGUCCUUCACUUGCUCCACCUCGGCCCCCCACUCACUGAAAGAGUGUACACCAGACUGUUCCUACCUGUUUGUGUUCGACAGUUCCUAUCUGAAUGAUUCUGUUAAGUUUUAUGAACACAGUGGAUGGCCUGGUGGCCAGUUUAAGUCUGUUUCCAGUGCAGUAUUUGUGGGACUUUGUUCUCAACAAACCCCACCCAAUAUAUCCUUACAGUUCAAUGUUAAUGCCAAUAGUGAGAUUUUGUCAACCAGGACUGGAGACAUACGCUCUCCUAACUUUCCAAGUGGUUACAUCCAGAAUGGGGACCAGUAUACCUGGAUCAUUAGAAAUCCAGAAUAUUCCAGAAUCCUUGUGAUAUUUGAUGACUGGCAUAUAUCACCAUACAGUGAAGUGUUUUUUGACAAUAGCCUCAGAAGAUUGCCUGUGGAUGGUAGUUCGGAUCGCUCGGCAGUUCUGUCAAAGGGCCCAGAAAUGAAGAUCAUUUUUAACACAGGCCAUCAUCUGCUCGAGGACCAAAACAGAUAUCUAGGAUUCAGAUUUACUUACACUUUUUACAGAGAUGGAGAUUCUAUCACUGUCCCAAGAUCAAACUGUGGAAAGUAUGAUUUGCUUGGACAAGGAGGAAUUAUAGAUUUCCAGAUGAUAAACAGCAUUAAAGAUGUUGAAUAUGACUGUGUCUGGGUCAUAAAAAAACAGCCGGAUUUUGACAGGAUGUACAUGAAAAUUAUCAGCUUUCGUACUGACACACUGAUCAGUUAUGCUAAACAGGAAGUGGAGAUUCGAGAUGGAUUGACAUCUAUUAGCCAGCUUAAGGACAAAGUAUUUCCCAACAGGGCAUACCCAAGCUUUAAUGACACAUACAAGGGUUUCUACAUACGCUACAGAGGGACGCUUAGACCGAUGGACAACCUCAAAAUUGUGUAUGCCUCUUACAGAGAACGAGGACCCACUGACUGUGGCAGAAGGGGAAUGUUUUACUGUAACAAUGGCCGAUGUAUCCCUGGCGAGCUCGAGUGUGAUAGAUAUAACCAUUGUGGGGAUAAUUCUGAUGAACUCAACUCUAAAUGUCUAAGUGGAGGAUCCGGUUAUACUCGGAGCACUAACUACACGAUGACAGUCAGUGUCAUCGUUCCGCUCGUCAUCUCUGUUUUCCUCCUCGUCAUCUUGUGUGUUCUCUUCUUCCUUAUAAGACGAUGUCAUAUUGCACGAGCACGGGAGAUGGACAGAGAAUCAGGGAUACCCACGAUCAGUGGAGGAAUAAGUAAUAGAAGAGGUCGUAGAGGUAGACAGGCUCAGAGGCCUGUGGAUUUCCCUCCCACCUAUGAGGAGGCACUGGAAAGUCCCCCCUAUGAAGAACCUCCACUGGAAUAUGAAAAUGGGGUACUUAAACCACCCACAUACAAUGAGGCUGUAGGACAGACAGUGGAGGCCCCACAAGAAGAAUACAUUGAGGAGGACUACCCACCACCAGAAUUUAGCACUAUAGAACGUCAACAACCAAACUUUGAAGCCCAAACAUCAACCUCACCUCCUGCAGAGAGUGGUGAAAUUAGACCCGUUAAUCAUACAUACAGUAUGUCUUACAGCUCCGAAUCAUCCACAGACCUACCUCUGAACCGAUCUGUCCCAAAAGUUCAUAGUCCCUCUUACAGUGAGGUACCUAAUCGAGGGUCCAGAACCUCAAACAGGGAGAGGAGUGAGCAUGAGUAUACAGAAAGGGUCCCCAGCAGAUCAAAAGAUGGAAGGCAAAUUGAAGGAAGAAGCUUUCAUCCUCAAAGACAAAAAAGUGAUAAUGAUGUGAGAGAAAAUUCAGAGAGACAACCAUAUGAUCAUCAAUCAGACCAAAUACAGUAUAGAAAAGGAACAUCUUUGCACAUGCAAGGACUAGAGCCUGGGAGAAAGGGAGACAUAAGUUCCACUGCAAGAGGGAAUUUUUCAGGCAGUCCAUCAAGACAGAAACCUAACCAAUAUUUAGAUUCUUCCAAAAAUCAACCCAAUUUCAAGGAAGAGAAAUAUCACAAAAAUGAAGAUUUGAGGGAAAGAAAGCAAACAAAAUCGAAAGAGGAUCGGAAAAAUAGAGCAUCUGACAGCAGCUCCAAGGGUUUGCUUUUUAGUGAGGAUCACUUUACAGAUAGAGAGCAUAGGGGCAUACUAAAUCAAGGUUUUAAAGAUUCUGAUGAUCGAUCAAAAGAUUCACCACCCAGGACAAAUUCAGCCAGCCUUUCCAGUUUGCAUCCUAUAGAGAGAUGGACAGAGGACAGACGAGGAAUGGCUACCUCAUUACAGCAUCUACCCACUACACACUGUGUUGCCUCAAGGAGUAGCCUCACUCUGGGAAAUUCAGACCAUCCAACUGGAGGAUUGGCAAGUAGUCAAUCAAACACAAGGCAGGAAGAUGGAAUAAGCAAGCCACGCCCCCUGGAGAAGGACCGCCCCAUAUCCCUUUCUGUUGGAAAUCUACCCAUUCAUUCUCAUUUGAAUCCAGAGGAAACCAGGAAUCAAAGAUCACCAGAUAAUUCAUACAGAAGGUCACUUGGAGACCUGAACCAACGUCUGAACAAUCAAAUUAGCAGACGACAAACUCAAUCUCAUUCUGACUUGUCUAAUAUUCAGGAAGAAAGACACAUUUCUUUGGCCUGUGACAGUGAAGAUGUUUUUGUCUGAAUAUUUCACCUCAUAAAUCUACAUGUUAUACUUUGAUUUUGAAGCAUGUAUUACAACAGAUGUAUUUUAAAUUUAGUUCAUGUACUUGUACAUAUACAUGUAUAUAUCUAAGAACCUUCAGGUUUUGUAUUGAAUUUUCAAAUUAAUUAUGCUGGUGUUGUCAAAUCAGAUGAUUUUUAGUAACAGGUUACUUUUCCAACUGAGUAUUGGGUUUCUUGGAUGAUUUUUCAUUACAUUUCUGAACAUCCUUGCUGGCAAUAGAUAUUCAAUAGGACCAUAAGAAAUGUAACAUUUUUACAAUUUCUGUAUAUUUUAUAUUCGGAUAUAUAUAAAAAAAAGAUGCACUGAAUGUGAGCAUUAUUUACAAUUACAAACACACACUAUCUUCUAAAUAAAUUUGCUCUCAAAUGUCACUCCAACUAGGGCAUUUUUUUUGUUCAAGAAAAUACCCUGUAUUAGCUGACUUUGUUGCAUGUUUGUUUAUUCCAUUUCAAAUGUCUACACUUUGCAGGUUAAAAUUAACAUGUCUUCUUAAAUAUUUCCAUGUUUUUGUUGUUUGGGAUCUUGUUAAAUCAGAAGAAAAACUCUUAGAUUGAGACUAAUAAUGGUAAAUAAAAUCAAUGGCAUGUUAGUAAGAAUACUUUUAAAAAACAAAAUAUCAUUUCUUCUCUACUUAUUUACUCAGUAAAAUAUCUGUACAUCCAAGUAGCAGUUCUACUAACUGAUGGUAGCCUUUGACUGUUAACCAGUUACUUGUUGACAACACUAAAAUACAUAUAUAUAUUUAUAUUUAUAUGUAUACACAGGUAUUUCUAUUUGAAAUCCAUAUCAUAAUGUAUGAAAUAGUCAGAGAAACAAACAGAUGUGCUAUUAAUUUGAUGUUUUGUAUACUAUUUGUAUAGGUAUAUAUACAUGUAUGUACAUGUAUUAGAACAUGCAGAAUUAAUGUAAAUUCAUAAACAUUUGUUUCUGUGUAACUAAAUCAGGAAUAUAUUCUAGAUGCUUUACCCAAAUGUUGCAGUGUGUACACCUCUUCAUCAAUAAAGAAUAGUGCCAUGGCAUGUGUACAUUAAUUGUAUAAGAAAUAUUUUCAACAAACCAAAAAUAUCAUUAUUUAAUAGCAUUAUUUUUCAACCAUUAUGAAUUACAUUUUCCUAAAGUAUAUUUGUUUUAAAAUAGAAUUUUAUUGUUAUAGUGUAGAUUUGCUUGAUAUUCAUUUUGUUUUCAAUAUCUGUGCUGGACACAGACAUUUUUGAAGAGUUCAUGCCUGGUGCUUUAAUAAUAUUAUUACAUGUAUAUCGUGUGUUUUUAUGCUUGCAAGAUCAUAGAUCCUGGUCUGUCUGUUUGUCCAUCAAAAGAAAUAUAUACAAACAGAGACUUCAGAUUUGGUGAAUGACAUAGGUUAUCCCUGUUCACAAUCAAAACUUCAUUGUGACGGGUUCUGUAGGAAUUAGUUGCAUAUGAAGAAGUGUUGCAAAGUCUCUUUGCUGAAAUUAGUUGUUUAUACACUGUACUUUAUCUGUUUUAAAGGAAUGCAAUUUUCUAGGGGAAAUUUUUUUUUCAAAAAAGGGGGGGAUUAAUAUUUUGCUUGUUACUUAGAUAGUAUUGUGUACACUGAAGUUGAAAGUGAUUUACCUAUCACUUGUCAAUAUCAUGAAAGCUUUGACACGUUUUAGUUUAUUUAAUGUACAUAUGCAUUACUUACAUCAUGUCAAAAGAACCUGGAAGACACUUGCUAGCUUGCCUGAAACCAUGUGUAGCGGUCAGGCAGAUCUGAUCACGGAUGGUCAGGUUGUUCAGUUGAUUGAUUCAUGGGGCUUGGGUUCAAGUCCAGGUCUGGUCCAGCGACAGUUAAACAAUUGCAUUCCAUUCUCCCAGUAUGGUGUCAAGCUUUUCAAAAGAGCUCAAGAGCAAGAAUGUAAGGAAACGAACCUUUUUGACAUCAUUCGGUCUUAAUUUCUUAUGAAGAUUAUUUAAAGUCAGAGAUUGAAGUACAUGUACUUGUAUACACUACACAAAGCCACAUAUCUUGCUCCAGUACAUGUAUUACAAAGUAUUUAUACAGUCAUGUACAUCAUACAAAUAUUCUGUCCAUGUUUUUUUUUUUGUAUUUUGAAUAUUCAGCAGUUUAUUGAUAAAUGUUGUUGAUGUAUUAAGUACAUUCCAUUCCAUGUUGUGGCAUGUCGGUUUUUACCACUGCUUUUAUUUGAAUUAUUUAUCCAGAAGAUUUUCUAUUGAAAGGUAUGAUACAUAUCAAUUUUUUUUUCUUUCCCUUUUAAACAGAUAUUUUUAAUGAAUAUGGAAGGUUUGUAUUUUUUUUUUUAAAUGGAAGAAGUUAAUUAAAUAUA